AUGUCGGACACAUCAUUGACAGAAACUACAUUAUUACAUGAAGAAACUGAUACACUUAAGACACCGGUAGCACCACCAAAUGCAUUAAAAGAAAACUUUAAAUCAUUAAUUGCAGGUGGUGUAGGUGGUGUGUGUGCAGUAUUAACAGGUCAUCCAUUUGACUUAAUUAAAGUACGUUGUCAAAAUGGUCAAGCGAAAGGUACAAUGGAUGCAAUUUCAAUAAUCUUAAAAGAAGCAAGAAAUAUUAAAAAGGGUCCAAUGGCAAUUAAUUAUAUCAAAAGUUUUUAUAAAGGUGUUAUUCCACCUUUAUUAGGUGUCACUCCAAUUUUUGCAGUUUCCUUUUGGGGUUACGAUUUAGGUAAAAAAAUUGUUUCGAAGACUGGGACUUCCGAUAUACCGGUGAACACAUCCUUGACAAUUACACAGAUGGCCACCGCGGGGUUUAUUAGUGCAAUUCCAACAACUUUAGUUACAGCACCAACAGAACGUGUUAAAGUUGUAUUACAAACAUCAAAAGGUGGUUCUUUUGUCUCGGCGGCUAAGUCUAUUGUACGUGAAGGUGGUAUAUCAUCCCUUUUUAAAGGUUCUUUAGCCACAUUAGCAAGAGAUGGUCCAGGUAGUGCAUUAUAUUUUGCAUCCUAUGAAGUAACUAAAAAUUAUUUAAAUAAUAGAAAUUCUAAUUCCGCAAUUGAUGAUGGCCAAGUUAGUAUUGGUAAUGUUUGUUUAGCUGGUGGGAUCGCAGGAAUGUCAAUGUGGUUAGUUGUAUUCCCAAUUGAUACCAUUAAGACAACAUUGCAGGCUUCAAAUAAUGGGAAAUCUCAAUCAAUGGUGAGUGCUACACGUGAAAUUUAUCUAAAACGUGGUGGUAUUAAAGGAUUUUUCCCAGGUUUAGGUCCUGCUUUAAUUAGAUCAUUCCCUGCUAAUGCUGCAACUUUCUUAGGUGUUGAAAUGACACAUUCAUUAUUUAAGAAAUAUAACGUUUUAAAUUGA